UUUCUGUGCUUAUCCAAUCCCUUGAUGCGUUGCAGAUAUUUAUCUACGAAGUGACAAGGCUGCAAACAUGAUCCUUGACAGCAGCAGCUAGCACAUAGGAUAAAGAUAGUGACAACUGAAAAGACUUUAUACCUGUUAAUCAAAACAACUGGUUAACAAAAUCCAAGGUUUCGAUGAAUCUCUUUUGACUCACCUGACAAUCAAACCAACCAGUUCUCUUUCUUUUUCAGAUUCCAAGGACCAAUCAAGUAUUCUGACAAUUAAUAUAUUUCUGGAUGAUGUACUUUCUGUGCCUGUAGUUUUAUAGGGCAGUGCUCAAAACUAAGUUCUUGUUCUGUCUGCAUCUGUGCUGGUAUAAUUCUCACUGUUGAAGAGUCGGAAGUGAAUGCUAGUGAGCCAUCUGGAAAUGGGGAUGUUGAGUGAAGGUCUUACGCAGGUUUUGAUACCUGUUGCUGCUUUGAUUGGGAUUAUUUUUGCUUUGCUUCAGUGGUAUUUGGUGUCUAAGGUGAAGGUUUCUGGCGAUUCUAGUAACGGUUUAAGUGAUAAGUUGAUUGAAGAUGAAGAAGAUGGUGUUGAUAAUCGUGAGGCUUCUAUCAAGUGUGCUGAAAUCCAGAAUGCUAUUUCUGUCGGGGCAACGUCAUUCCUGUUUACUCAGUACAAGUACCUCAGUGUCUUCAUGUGUGUUUUUGCUGCCAUUAUUUUCCUCUUCCUUGGUUCAGUUAAGGGAUUCAGCACCAAAAGCGAACCUUGCACAUACAACAAAGGGAGUCUUUGUAAACCAGCUCUUGCCAAUGCUGCCUUUAGCACAGUUGCUUUCUUGCUUGGUGCUCUUACUUCUGUCCUCUCAGGAUUCCUAGGCAUGAAGAUUGCAACCUAUGCCAAUGCCAGGACAACUCUAGAAGCAAGGAAGGGUGUAGGAAAGGCCUUUGUCACAGCUUUUCGUUCGGGGGCGGUGAUGGGUUUCCUUCUUGCUGCGAAUGGUCUUUUGGUGCUCUAUAUCUCCAUCCUCUUAUUCAAACUCUACUAUGGAGAUGACUGGGAAGGACUUUAUGAGUCCAUUACUGGUUAUGGCCUUGGAGGUUCAUCAAUGGCACUGUUUGGAAGAGUUGGAGGAGGAAUAUAUACAAAAGCAGCUGAUGUUGGUGCUGACCUUGUUGGAAAAGUUGAACUAAACAUCCCUGAAGAUGAUCCAAGAAAUCCAGCUGUUAUUGCCGAUAAUGUGGGUGACAAUGUAGGAGACAUUGCAGGGAUGGGGUCUGACCUGUUUGGAUCUUAUGCUGAAUCAUCCUGUGCAGCACUUUUUGUUGCAUCUAUAUCAUCCUUUGGUAUUAACCAUGACCACACAGCCAUGUCUUUUCCACUGAUUAUAAGCUCAGUUGGGAUUGUAGUUUGCCUGAUAACUACACUUUUUGCAACCGAUCUCUUCAAGAUCAAGGAUGUAAGUGAAAUCGAGCCAUCACUGAAGAGGCAACUCGUUGUCUCGACAAUUCUCAUGACUGUUGGGAUUGCCAUGGUCAGCUUCUUUGCUUUGCCAUCAGAAUUCACUAUCUUCAAUUUCGGAACUGAGAAGGUUGUCAAGAACUGGCACCUUUUCUUUUGUGUUGCCAUUGGCUUGUGGGCUGGACUUGUGAUUGGAUAUACAACAGAGUAUUACACUAGCAAUGCUUACAGUCCAGUGCAGGAUGUAGCAGAUUCUUGCAGGACAGGUGCUGCGACGAAUGUCAUUUUUGGGUUGGCUUUGGGCUACAAAUCUGUCAUCAUUCCAAUAUUUUCCAUUGCCAUUGCUAUUUUUGUCAGCUUUAGCCUGGCUGCCAUGUAUGGAAUUGCUGUGGCUGCGUUGGGGAUGCUCAGUACUAUUGCUACCGGUCUUGCUAUCGAUGCUUAUGGGCCCAUAAGUGAUAAUGCUGGUGGCAUUGCAGAAAUGGCUGGUAUGAGUCAUAAGAUACGUGAAAGAACAGAUGCUCUAGAUGCUGCUGGCAACACCACUGCUGCAAUUGGCAAGGGUUUUGCCAUUGGAUCAGCUGCUCUCGUUUCCCUUGCUUUGUUUGGUGCCUUUGUCAGCAGGGCUGGGAUCAAUACUGUCGAUGUCUUGACCCCUAAGGUCUUCAUUGGGCUGAUUGUUGGGGCAAUGCUCCCAUACUGGUUCUCCGCCAUGACAAUGAAGAGUGUAGGAAGUGCAGCACUCAAAAUGGUCGAAGAGGUUCGUCGACAAUUCAAAACUAUUCCAGGACUUAUGGAAGGUAGAGCCAAACCAGACUACGCAAACUGUGUCAAAAUUUCAACUGAUGCCUCCCUCAGGGAGAUGAUCCCACCUGGUGCCUUAGUCAUGCUUACACCACUUAUCACCGGAACCUUAUUCGGAGUCGAAACUCUUGCUGGUGUUCUUGCUGGUUCACUUGUUUCUGGUGUUCAGGUUGCCAUUUCAGCUUCGAAUACUGGAGGGGCAUGGGAUAAUGCCAAGAAAUACAUAGAGGCUGGUGUAUCAGAGCAUGCGAAAUCGUUAGGUCCAAAGGGUUCAGAUGCACACAAAGCUGCUGUCAUUGGUGACACAAUUGGAGAUCCCCUCAAGGACACUUCAGGUCCAUCACUUAACAUCCUGAUAAAGCUUAUGGCAGUUGAGUCACUGGUGUUUGCUCCAUUCUUCGCGGCUCAUGGAGGUUUGCUGUUCAAAUAUCUCUAAAAUGAGUUCUCAUUGUAAUGGUUUCCGAAAUGUGAAGGAGUCGGAAACAGACAUGUUGAGUUUUUUCUUAACUAUGAUCAAGCAAGUUUCUUGUGAACAUUAACUUCUUGCUUUAUGUUGGUGAUCCUUGCUAAGCUACUCCAUAAAUAUAGUGUUUUCGCCCUCUGAAAAGUGUGGCUGUUAGUUAA